GCGCUCGGUUGUUUUGUGUAUUUGUUAUCUAUAAUAGUUAUUUCCCAACGUUUCGCCAAACCUACUCCAAUAAUAACUUGACAAUAACUGUCGUCGACGUUUGCAUUUAAUAAUUUUAUCAAACGAAACCCCAUACCACUGUGUAAAAACCAAGUACAAAUUAUUCAGCAUUUUACAUGUACAUGCAUGUCUGUAUGUACACGCACACACGUACACCGCCGCAUUUUUGUGAAUGGUAAACUGUAAUUGUAAAACGAUGCUAAAGAUUAACGAAACAUAUCAAGUGUGAAAAUUUGUGCAGCAUACAUUACAAAAGUACACAGAAAUACUUAGUGUAAAGCUAUUUCGACUCUAAAUAAAUUGCCCUCGACAUGUUGAAGUUUAUACGAGGUAAAGGUCAACAGCCAUCAGUUGAGCGACAGCGACUGCAAAAGGAACUCUUCGCCUAUCGCAAGACCGCUCAACAUGGCUUUCCGCAUAAGCCCUCGGCGUUGGCUUACGAUCCGGUAUCCAAGCUCAUGGCCAUUGGAACACAAACAGGCGCCUUGAAAGUUUUCGGUCAACCGGGGGUGGAGCUUUAUGCACAACAUACUCUGGUGAACAAUACGGCAUCUGAAUUAAAUGUGCAAUUGCUAGAAUGGGUAUACGGCUCCGGCCGCAUACUGUCGCUAACUGCAGCAAAUCAACUUAUAUUAUGGGAGCCGGUGGGUACGACUCUGGUGCCCAUCAGGACGCUGCCAUUCGAUGGAAAGUUAAAGAAAGUAUCAUCGUUGUGUUGUUCCCUGAAUAAGGAUGUUGUGUGGAUUGGUACCGAGGGCGGAAAUAUAUACCAAUUCGAUUUGAAGUCGUUUACUAUGCGCGAGCCCGUCAUUUAUCACGAUGUGGUCUUGGAGCAGGUACCACCCAGCUAUAAGCUCAAUCCAGGUGCUAUAGAAUCCAUACGUCAGCUGCCAAACGCUCUCAAUAAGCUCUUGAUUGCCUACAAUCGUGGCCUAUGUGUGCUGUGGGACUUGGAAAGCUCAAGUGUGGAGAGAGCUUAUAUUGCACCAGGUCAUGGACAAAGUGUGGGACUCUUUGUGAACGCCAGUGGCACGGAAUUUCAUUGGUACCAUGCUGACGGCUCUUAUGCCAACUGGAGCAUUACAAGCGGCGAACCACCACAAAAUGUGAACUAUGUUCCAUAUGGGCCAGAUCCUUGUAAAAGCAUAAAUCGCUUGUAUAAAGGCAAGCGUGGUAUGAGCGAUGUGAUUAUAUUUUCUGGUGGCAUGCCACGUUCUGCUUAUGGCGAUCACAACUGUGUUUCGGUGCACAGCAGCGAUGGACAUAAGAUUUGUCUGGAUUUCACAUCGAAAGUUAUUGAUUUCUUCGUUACCUACGAUACAAGUGCAAAAGACGACGCUCAGGUGCUCAUCGUUUUGCUUGAGGAGGAGCUCUGUGCGUACGAUUUGACGGAUGCUAAAGUUCCAGCUAUAAAAGCGCCCUAUUUGCACUCGGUGCAUGCUUCGGCAGUGACCUGCAACUAUCUGGCCUCGCAAGUUAGCCAGGCCGUCUAUGAGAGCAUUGCACGCGUUGGCACUGAACAGGACAUGGGCUAUAGUGACAUGGAAUGGCCAAUAACUGGCGGCGUACUUGAGGAUGAUGCAGAUAGCCAUGCUGAGACAAAUGAAACGGCAAAACUGUACGAAAUACUCUUGACUGGUCAUGAAGAUGGAUCAGUCAAGUUUUGGGACUGCAGCGACGUUCUACUUCAACCCAUUUAUAACUUCAAGACGGCAAAUAUCUUUGGACAGGAAAAUCAUGAUGAUGAUCUAGGAAAUGUCAGCAUGGAACAAAUUGACGAAAGCGAGCCACCAUUCCGAAAAGCUGGUCUGUUCGAUCCGUACUCUGACGAUCCACGCUUGGCAGUUAAGAAAAUAGCUCUAUGCCCAAACACGGGUCAGCUUGUUGUUGGCGGCACCGCUGGCCAACUGAUCAUAGCUAAUUUUGAAGCAGAUGCCGGGACUGAGAACCGCCCGCUGAAGCUGAGUUCCAUGAAUUUAGUUAGUGAUCGUGAUGGUUUCGUUUGGAAAGGCCACGAUCAGCUAAACGUACGCAGCAAUUUAUUGGAGGAGGAUGCAGCACCAUUCAUAGAAAAAGGCGUGGGCAUAAGUGGUGUGCUGCAGGUUUUGCCCCCAGCCAGCAUUACAUGUUUGGCAUUAGAAGCUAACUGGGGUGUUGUGUCCGCCGGCACGGCGCAUGGUUUGGUAUUGUUUGACUUUAAAAACUUUGUGCCAGUAUUCCAUCGUUGCACACUGAAUCCAAAUGACUUAACUGGCGCAGGGGAGCAGCUUUCUCGUCGCAAAUCCUUUAAGAAAUCGCUGCGAGAAUCAUUCCGUAAACUACGCAAGGGACGUUCAACCCGCACCAAUAAUGCCAACCAGUUACCAACUACGCUGGAAGCACGUCCUGUUGAGCGGCAAAUUGAAGCGCGCUCCACUGACGAUGGCAUGGGCUCUAUGGUGCGAUGCUUGUUCUUUGCAAAAACGUAUAUAACAAAUGUCAACAUUACUUCACCCACUCUGUGGUCAGCCACAAAUGCGAGCACAGUUUCUGUAUUUCUGUUACAUUUGCCGCCGGCGCAAACGGCAGCUACUGCCAUGCCGCCAGCUAGCGGCAAUGCCACGCCGCAGCCACCACGACGCAUUUCUGCACAGCUGGCCAAGGAAAUACAGUUAAAGCAUCGUGCUCCAGUUGUGGGUAUAUCGAUCUUUGAUCAAACUGGUUGUCCUGUGGAUCAGCUAACCCACGGAGAAAAUGGAUCACCACCACAUCGUGUACUUAUCGCAUCGGAGGAACAGUUUAAGGUGUUUUCGCUGCCACAGCUGAAGCCAAUUAACAAAUACAAGCUAACCGCACACGAAGGUGCACGGAUUCGUCGCAUACACUUUGGUUCGUUUAGUUGUCGUGUUUCUAAUGAGCUGCUACAAAAUCUGCACGGCAGCAGUCCGACAAAGUCGACGCGCUCCUCCGAGGCUGGUGGUGAUGGCGCGUUGAAUGCAAGUGCAACCACAGCUUUAGCUGGUGGUGAGAAUUAUCAUGAAAUGGCGCUGAUUUGCUUGACUAAUAUGGGAGAUAUAAUGGUAUUGUCAGUGCCGGAAUUAAAGCGACAGCUAAACGCCGCUGCAGUGCGUCGGGAAGAUAUCAAUGGCAUUUCAUCACUAUGCUUCACCAAUUCUGGCGAGGCUUUGUACAUGAUGUCGUCCUCAGAAUUACAGCGCAUUGCUUUGUCCACUUCCAAGGUUGUACAACCAGCGGGCAUUGUGGAAAUAGAACCACUAACCAGCGAAGAUAGCAACUCCAAUAUGCUAAACAAUGAAGCUGAUGAAAGCGAUGGUGAAGUUGAUGCUGGUACGGAAAACGAUGGCGUUGGAAAUAAUGAGGCACCAGUUGCUAAGCAACGCGCUAAGCCACUAGACCUGAACGCUGAGAACAAUGCACUACCGCUUUCAAACGGUAUUACAAGUGGCAACUCACCGAAUCGGGCUAACGAGACCAUCACCAGUUCCAUAGGUGACAUCACCGUUGAUUCUGUACGGGAUCAUUUGAACACUACAACUACAACAUUAUGUUCUACAACUACAGAGGAAACUGUCGGUCGACUCUCAGUUCUCAGUACACAGACAAAUCAAAGUACUACCAAUAUUAAUAUGAAAAAUUUACCUGACCUUAAUAUCCCAGACUUGUUGGAUGCAGAUUCAAAAGCUAAAUCAAUGGAGAAAAGUACUAGCUCCGUUGUAAUAAAAUCUGUUAUUACAAGUAUUUCACAUGAAAAGAUGAACGGCGAAAAUGAAACAACAAAAACUAAAACCACAACACACGAGGAGAGUCAAUUUUAAUCAAUCCACCAUCUACUAACUGCACCUAACGACGAGUAUAAACAUAUCUAUCAAGUAAAAUGCAACUAUUUUACAUAUGCAUACAUACAUAUAUCGAAAUGCUGCAAGCAGGAAUCGUAUUGUAUAAUCAUAUAUACAUUUCGUACAUGCUGCGCCACCAGUAUUACACGAAAACUAUCUUUUUAUUAAUCUACAAUUUUUAUGCAUGUACAAAAUUUUGUAAUUGACAAAAACUUAUAUAUAUUGACUUAAAAAAUGUAACAAACAAAUACAGGCCGUAAUAUUUUUGUAUUUUGGAGUAAAUGUUAUUUUUGAUAUGAAGAUUUAUUUUCUAAGCUAAUAACAUUUCCAUAUAUUUACAUUCGUAUGUAAACUGAGUACCAUUCAUGCCUUUUACAAACAAAGUAACAUUUUAAAAGAUAUAUUUAUAUGUGCUAAAUAAAUUUACAAAGCUUUGACAUAUUU